AAAGACACAUUAGAAAAAAUAUAUAUAUAUAUAUAUAUAUAUAUAUAUAUUAAACUACAGUUAUAUAACACUGAAGAGCUCAGGUCUGACCGACGGGAAGAUUCGUUGACGGACAGACGUGUGUGAGCGAGAUACGGAGCCUUACGUGCACAAUUACGGGAGAAAAUAUGGCAAAGAUAGCGCAGGUUGGACCGUGAGGAAUACAAGCAGCGAAUAAUUUCCUUUGUUUCUAUCAAGAAAGUGUUUGGCUUUUUUUUUUAUUAUUUAAAGUAAUUGGUGCUGUUUUUUUUUUUAAUCUCUACAUGUUCGUUAGCUCUUAAUGUGGUAGACUCUGAGUAUUAAAUUUUUUGCGAUAAAAAUAUAUAGAUCUAAUUAUAAAAACGUCACAGUUCUCAGUUGCAAAAAAUACAUUUUCGAAAAAAAGUGUGUUCCAUUUUCUCGCUGUUCCUAGUGGCUUGGCGGAGUACGAUUAUUUAUUUUGAUUGAAAAAUUAUUGUUGACGCAAAAAGCAAAAAAAAAGAAGAAGAAAAGUAAAAAGAUGUGUUUUCUCUCGCUGUUCACAUUCGUGACGUUAUGCUGUUCACUUGGACUUGGCGAUUCUGAAAACGCAACUCAAGGUAAGUUGGGUGUGUUGUGGCCAAGGGAAUACCUGUUCUUAUGGCUACACAGGCAUUGCAAGAUACAAUAAAAGGAAACAUAGAGAUUGUUGGUAGUUGUUGUUUUUUUAAUAAUAAUAAAGUAGCCAAUAAAUUGAUGCAGUUAUUUUAUGACCGUGACAAUCUAAAUUGCUCUCCUCGGUCAAAUAACUACAGAGAGAACUGUAUUUCUUGGGCUAUUGAAUUAAAGAGUAAAGUAUUCAGUCAUUCAAAGAGAGAAAUACUAUAAUCAACAGUUCGAAGAGAUAAUGUUUCCACAUUUAGAAUGCACACAAAAUUAAAUUACUUUUCGUGAGUUCAUGUUCGGGGCCGCGUUCCGGUAAAAUGAAUCUUUCUUUUUUUUUUUUUUUUUUUGGUUUCUGAAAGGGAAAGGUUUCUUGUAACAAAUGUAUGUCUUUUAAAUUAAUAGCGUUUACUGUUUGAACGGCUGUUCUCAUGAGUCAAAAUCACUGUACCAAGCACUGUACCAAGCACUGUACCAAGCACUGUACCAUGCACUGUACCAAGCAUUUUACCACUGUAACAGAGUAAAAUAAAAAAAUUUGGCUCUCCCGAGUUGGUACAUAUGAUUUUUGGGGGAAAUUGUGCUUAAUUUAUUUUUUUUUAAAGGAAAAUUGACAACAUGAAUUUUAUGAUGAUAAAUGAAGGACUGCGUUCAAGCGGUGUGAAGGAAGCAGCAGGUGAAGACAUGUGCAUGCAUGAAUCUAAAGACAGGGCAAUAAGGGAGGAAUGUAUCGGCUAAGAGUCUUCUUAAGCAGACAUGACAAAUGAAAAUACGACAAUAAAUAGAAAUUUGUUGUUUCUUUUAAAUUUAAGUGUUUACCAUUUCAUGAUCUAGUAAUGAAUUUUAUGAUCUAGUUAGGAAUUUUACGAUCUAGUUAGGAAUUUUAUGAUCUAGUUAGGAAUUUUAUGAUCUAGUUAGGAAUUUUAUAAUCUAGUUAGGAAUUUUAUGAUCUAGUUAGGAAUUUUAUAAUCUAGUUAGGAAUUUUAUGAUCUAGUUAGGAAUUUUAUGAUCUAGUUAGGAAUUUUAUGAUCUAGUUAGGAAUUUUAUGAUCUAGUUAGGAAUUUUAUGAUAUAAUUUGUUUUGCUGCUUUCUUCUUUGAAUUUCUUGAUUUGAAAAUGGCAUCCAAAAUAUAAAUGAAAGUUUUCAUGAGAUAAGUUGCGUCAUCAAAAGUUGCCGUAAUACGCCUGAUGCUUUUCCCGGAGAGUCUUAAAAUAGGUCCAGUUUAUCCCACGGCAAGGAAAGGGGUUUUGCAGGAGGGCUUUCGGCUCGGGUGGCAAUUUUUUACUUUUCAUUUUUUUUUCUUUUUGUUUACAUUGAUGGGCGACAUUUGAGGCUGAGCUAUUUUCCUGGAAUGGGGUGGCUAAAAGCUUGUUCCGCCCAUGGCGGCAUCAACUCUAGCUACACCACUGAGUUUAACCACACGUUUACCGUAUGGCCGAUAUACCGCAAAUUUGACGCGGAAUGAUGCAUGUAUCUGUCGCCAACCGUAUCCGGAAAUUUGUUUGUGAGAAAUUUCUUCAACGGAAAAUUGAUUGACGGAUAUUUGAUCGAACGGAAAUUGGGUCGAAUUCUUGUUCAGUUCACAUGAUCUAAUUUUGGGUCAAAUUUCUGUUUGAACGCAUUAUUUUGUUUUAAUAUAUAGCAUUAGUAAUAUAAAUAUUUAUUGAUGCAGUUUUUUUUUUUUUUAAGGUAAAGCUCAACGGAGUUCGUGUGCAGCAGUUUGAAAUAUUUCUACAGUCGAGAGUUUAUUUUUGUGUUUAUUGUAAUGUGUAAUUUCUUAUCCCUGCAGGCUGUCACAUGGCAAAGUUGGAUCUGGUCAUCAUUGUGGAUUCGUCUGCAAGCGUAGGCUCUGGCAACUUUACAAAAAUCGUCAAAUUCAUCCUGGACCUCGUCAAGCCGUUGCCAGUCCACUCUGAGGGUAUUCGCGUGGCCCUGGUGAGAUAUUCCUCCACUGCCCAAGUGAUUUCAUACCUCGGUAACGAUAUGAAUCAACUGGAGAAGUCUGCCGCCCUAGGGAGUAUGAAGUACAAGUAAGUGGUAUAUGUUUUCAUACGUUCAACUUGAGUAGUUGAAGUUCAUGACUAAAUCAUUGACAUUAAUAACCAAUAAAAGUGAUCUUUUUGGUCUUGGCCAAAAAAUGAUUUCGGUGUUUUAGUUGUUGGUUUGUUUUUGUUUAGUUUUUUUAAAUGUAUUAAAUAUAAUUUUUAAUGAGAAGAAUCUAUUACCAAUUAAAAAUAUUAUUAAUUUUCAGUUUUAAAUUGGCAAUCCUUUUAAAGCAAAUGCUUUUUCCAAAUGCCCUUGUGGAGACUUAUUGAACAGAAAAUGCGGGAGAAUUUCGAUUAAGAAUUUCUUUCAUAUUUUAUGUGUACAUUUUGAGUAAAUAAAAUGUUGAACCUUUCAAUGGAUCUUCAAAAUCAUGGGAGAGUAGAAUAAUUUUGACAAAUGUAAGCAACAAAAGCUUAAAUCGUAGCUUCUCAAUCAGUGGCGUAAGAGGGUGAAGAUUAGGUCACUGUCCGCAAAGGAUGCACGGUUUCUCUUUACAUUAGGGUGCGGCAUAUUCGUCCUACUACCGACGGGUUUUUUCAUGGAAAUGGGUUGCAAAAAAUCCACGCCCACCCUGGAUGUAAUUAAUCCUAGCAACGCAACUGUUCUCAUUGUGGUUGUCCUCGAGAUGGUACUCAUCCCUCACGGUAAGAUGGCAACUGGUGACAAAUUUUAUUGAAUAGAACGAUGAUCAAUAAAAGAUGCACCUGUCCUGAUUGGAAAAAAAAGGGAUUAGUUUGUGCUGGUCCAUCACAAAAAAUAGUUUGAAAACCACUGAUUGCUGCAAGAUUUUGCACCGGGCGCAUUCUAGUCAGUGGUUCUAAUCAGAACUACACCGACUCUGUAUUUAUAAAUCAUGAAACUCCACAGCCUGUAAGUAAAAAUAAGUCCAUCGAUAUUUUAUCAUCAGGGCUGGAGCAACGAGAACAGACCUUGGCAUUGCACUGACCAGGAAUGAAGUGCUGAUCCCUGCAAGAGGUGACCGUCCAGAUGUCCCUGACCAGGUCAUACUGCUAACUGAUGGAGAGUCAACCAUUAAGGCGGCAACAAGAGCGGAGACAACGCUGUUGAAAAAACGUCCAGGUCUGAAGGUGGGUGGCUGCUCUGCUCGUCUAACUCUGGUAAAGAAGGGCGCUUAAAAUUUGGGUUUAUUUAAUGCAGGGACUGGUGUGGGCAUCUGGAAAUAGUAAAUAUCAGAUUUUUCCUUACCUCGAAGUCCUUUUGUCUAAGACACUUUCAUUUUGUCUAAGACACGUUCCUUUUGUCUAAGACACUUUCAUUUUGUCUAAGACACUUUCAUUUUGUCUCGCUGUGGUGGCGGAAGAAGGUGUUGCGUGGGCAGAAACGCAAAUUUCAAUGUUUUUUGUUUUAUUAUUGCAAGAUUCUAUAAUAUAUCUUGUUUCAAAUAUUUGUUUUUCACGGCUUCAACUGUCUCCACUAUAAUAUAAAAAUAAAUAGUUGAAUAUUGCUAACUUUGCACUUGCAGAUCAUCGUCCUCGGAAUUGGAGAGCGUCUUGAUGACAAAGAACUUCUCGAGAUCGCUACAAGCCCGGAACUGAAACACGUCGUGACCAAUUUCUCUAAUCUUUCCGGAAUGCUUAAGGACCUUGAGUCUGCUACGUGUGAAGGUGAAUGCUCCGUUUGUAUCCGUUGAUUAUAAUUUAGAGAUAACUGGGAAAUUAUUACAUAGACUGUCGCUUAAAAAUUCCUUCCUUGAGCCGUAAAAGUUGUUAUUUUGGGAAUUCCGUUGAGACAUUGAAUCUUUUAUUCUGGAUACUUUGAUUCGUUAACAUUUUGGCCUUUUUUUGUCUCUCACUUGACCAACUAUAAUCCUGUACUUGUGACCCUUGAGUCUAACAUUUGAGAGUCUUCAUAAACUGCCGGACUGAUUCGAAGCGAACGAUUAAUUGCUAAUUUUUAUUUAUUUUAAAAUACCAUUAAUCUUGAAAAUUUUAAACAUUCUUGUAGUUUUUUAAGACAUUUUGAAGAUUAUUUUGCAGAUUUUUUUUUAUAUCCACUUUGUCUAAAACCAACAGAUCGCACGAAGAGUGUGACCCACGAACCCGUACUUGAAGUAUCAACACCACCAGAGAGAGAAACGGUUGUUCAGUUAAAGAAUGUCAACAGUCAGACUUCCGUUGAUGACAACUAUUUGCUCCGGCCUUCUUCAUCUAUCCAGGAAUCGAGCCAUCCUUCAGAACCAUCGUUGACUCGACAAUUCGAUACAACAAACUCAAAUGUCGCAUCGUAUUCGAUACCACUGUCAGGGGUUCACAACACGUCUUCAGAUGAUUUUAUUUACCCUUCGGGUACACUGCCCGAUAUGUCUUCCUCACUCGCUGGAACGCCAUCAUUUCAUCCUGGCACUUCCGAGUCUAGUGCGUCGUCGUCUUCAGCGUUUUACAAACUAAACGACGGACAGUCGACCAGUGAAAUUAUAGAAGAAAGUAUCCUCAUCUUUGGAAUCUCAAGUCAAUCGGGAAUUCAGCUUCAGGCGACCACCACACGUCGUGUUGAUGAUCAGACUUCUGUACUUUCCAUAGUAGCUGCAGAAAUACAGUUAACGCCAUCAAACGUCCUGCCAUCAACUCCUCUCUCCAGCGACGUAUCAAUCACCGACUUUCACUACGACGGUCUCGUUAGUUCGGUCAUCUCCAGCGACGUAUCAAUCACCGACAUUCACUACGAUGGUCUCGUUAGUUCGGUCAUCUCCAGCGACGUAUCAAUCACCGACAUUCACUACGAUGGUCUCGUUAGUUCGGUCAUCUCCAGCGACGUAUCAAUCACCGACAUUCACUACGAUGGUCUCGUUAGUUCGGCCAUCGACAAUACGUUCCCCUCCACUCGCGCAAUACCUGUCUUUGAUGCCGUUAGCUCUCUGGACACUAUGACGUCAUCUACGCCCUCGCCACCGUUAACACCGCUGCUCCUAUCCUUACUGAUUCCCUCAUCGGAUGCAUUUUUAGACUCUUCAACUACAACUUUAUCAUUCGUGUUGUCUCCAAUGAAUGCAUCAUCUUUCUGGUCCAUUACGCCAACAUCUACGAUGCCGUUUUCAUUACAACAUUCUAUUUCCUAUUCUCCGCCAUUAUCGUCUGUUAGCAGCUCUUCGGACGAUUCUAUUUCCUAUUCUCUGCCAUUAUCGUCUGUUAGCAGCUCUUCGGACGAUUCUAUUUCCUAUUCUCCGCCAUUAUCGUCUGUUAGCAGUUCUUCGGACGAUUCUAUUUCCUAUUCUCUGCCAUUAUCGUCUGUUAGCAGCUCUUCGGAUGAUUCUAUUUCCUAUUCUCUGCCAUUAUCGUUUGUUAGCAGCCCCUCAUACGAUUCUAUCUCCAGAAACUCCAUCAAUAACAUUAUGCCUACAUUUACAACAGAGUACAAACGGACUCAGAGUCAUAUAUUUAAAACGGAAAACUCAGAAAGUAUUUUUUUGACGUACCAUAGCGUCUUCGUUAACAUGAGCAUAAAUUCAUCGUCCGUUGCAUCGGGAAAUUCUAAAACUGGAGGAGAUAUUUCCUCUGACUUUGUAUACAUUUACGUAGGUGGCGGGAUUGUCGUUCUGGUUAUACUGUUGUGCACCAGCAUCAUCCUGGCCAGGAUUUUCCGUCGUGAAAACGAGGAUGGAGACGAAGCUUCAUGAUGAGGGUGAAAUAAGAUAAUAAAAACAUUAACAAGUUACGUUCGAACUUAUUUAUUCAUCGGAAGCUUUCAAUGACAAUUUUCAAAAGACGUGGUAUUAUGUGCAUUUAUUUUGAUAUAUGUAUGCAAGAUAUUGGAGGCAGU